AGCCUAGGAGGGCAGGCGGUGGCGGGGCCGCCCGCCUCGCCUCCCUCUUCACGCCGCCGGCCCACGCCGCAGUGUGUUUUGUGGACGGCACCUUCCCAGACAGCUCAGUAGAGCCCAGCUCGGCGCCCGGCAGCCUUCGUCGCGAUGUUCCGCCGGAGCUUUAAUCGUUUUUGUGCUGGAGAAGAGAAAAGAGUUGGUACACGCACAGUGUUUGUUGGCAAUCAUCCAGUUUCAGAAACAGAAGCUUACAUUGCACAAAGAUUUUGUGAUAAUAGAAUAGUCUCAUCUAAGUAUACACUUUGGAAUUUCCUCCCAAAGAAUCUGUUCGAACAGUUUAGAAGAAUUGCAAAUUUUUAUUUUCUCAUCAUUUUCCUUGUGCAGGUCACAGUAGACACACCGACUAGCCCGGUUACCAGUGGACUUCCACUUUUCUUUGUUAUAACUGUUACAGCCAUCAAGCAGGGAUAUGAGGAUUGGCUAAGACACAGAGCUGACAAUGAAGUCAACAAGAGCACUGUUUACAUUAUUGAAAAUGGAAAGCGAGUGAGAAAAGAGAGUGAAAAAAUCAAGGUGGAUUAUAUAUUUACAGACAAGACUGGAACACUCACUGAAAAUAGCAUGGAAUUCAUUGAGUGCUGCAUCGAUGGGCACAAGUAUAAAGGUGCAGCUCAGGAGACUGAUGGACUCUCUCAAACUGAUGGACCCUUAACGUAUUUUGACAAAGCAGAUAAGAACCGAGAAGAGCUCUUUCUGCGUGCCUUGUGUUUAUGUCAUACUGUAGAAAUUAAAACAAAUGAUGCUGUUGAUGGACCUACAGAAUCAGCUGAAUUAACUUACAUGUCCUCUUCACCAGAUGAAAUAGCUUUGGUGAAAGGAGCUAAAAAGUAUGGGUUCACAUUUGUAGGAAUUCGGAAUGGCCAUAUGAGAGUAGAGAACCAAAGAAAAGAAAUAGAAGAGUAUGAACUUCUUCACACCUUAAACUUUGAUUCUGUCCGUCGUCGUAUGAGUGUCAUUGUGAAGACUCAAGCAGGAGACAUACUUCUCUUUUGUAAAGGAGCAGACUCAGCAGUCUUCCCCAGGGUGCAAAAUCAUGAAAUUGAGUUAACUAAAGCCCAUGUGGAACGUAAUGCAAUGGACGGGUAUCGGACACUUUGUGUAGCCUUCAAAGAAAUUGCUCCAGAUGAUUAUGAAAGAAUUAACAGACAGCUCAUCGAGGCAAAAAUGGCCUUACAAGACAGAGAAGAAAAAAUGGAAAAGGUUUUUGAUGAUAUUGAGACAAACAUGAAUUUAAUUGGAGCCACUGCAGUGGAAGACAAGCUGCAAGAUCAAGCAGCUGAGACCAUUGAAGCUCUGCAUGCAGCAGGUCUGAAAGUCUGGGUGCUUACUGGGGACAAGAUGGAGACAGCCAAAUCCACCUGCUAUGCGUGCCGCCUCUUCCAAACCAGCACUGAGCUCUUGGAACUGACUACAAAAACCAUCGAAGAAAGUGAAAGGAAAGAAGAUCGAUUACAUGAAUUGUUGAUAGAAUAUCGUAAGAAGUUGCUGCAUGAUUUUCCUAGAAGUAGUAGAAGCCUUAAAAAAGCAUGGACAGAACAUCAAGAAUAUGGAUUAAUCAUCGAUGGCUCCACAUUGUCACUCAUACUAAAUUCUAGUCAAGACUCCAGUUCUAACAAUUACAAAAGCAUUUUCUUGCAGAUAUGUAUGAAGUGCACCGCAGUGCUCUGCUGUCGGAUGGCACCUUUACAGAAAGCCCAGAUUGUCAGAAUGGUGAAGAAUUUAAAAGGCAGCCCAAUAACGCUGUCGAUAGGUGAUGGUGCCAAUGAUGUUAGUAUGAUCUUGGAAUCCCAUGUGGGAAUAGGUAUUAAAGGCAAAGAAGGUCGGCAAGCAGCCAGGAAUAGCGAUUAUGCUGUUCCGAAGUUUAAACAUUUAAAAAAACUGCUCUUGGCUCACGGACAUCUAUAUUAUGUGAGAAUAGCACACCUUGUACAGUAUUUCUUCUAUAAG